AGCAAAUUUUGGCUCUUCUGCUUUUACCGCAUUGUUUGAGAAAAUGCAGGGGUUUUGGAAGGUUGGCCGGCUAGCUAGGGUUUUGAGGAAUCCAUCGUCAAUUCUGCUCAACUCCGAACGACUUCACUCACCCACUAUCCACGCCAUUGAUGCUUCUUAUAGCUCUUCUCUAUGGCGCUGCUAUCCCACAAACCUUCUUUCCUCCUCCUACUCAGGGAUUUCUGGAAAUCCCAUGGAGAUGGAAUCAAAACUUCAAAGAGAAGUGUUGUCAUCUUCUAUAUGCCAUAUGAUGCAGAGGGUGUCAUAUUCUUCUGAAGCAACUGUAGUUGAAAGUGGCUCUACAGAAACUGCGAAGGAAAUAUAUGAAAAGAUUCUGAAAUCUAUUGUGGAUAAAAAAUCGGCUCCCCCAAAUGCUUUUUUAUGGUCACUAAUUGAAAAAUGUUCAAACCAUGAUGAUAUUAAGCUUCUCUUUAACAUUUUACAGAGACUUCGAAUAUUUAGACUGUCUAAUCUACGUAUCCAUGAAAAUUUCAAUUGUGCAAUCUGUCAGGAAGUUACAAAGGCAUGCAUACGCAUAGGUGCCAUUGAGUUUGGUAAAAAGGCAUUAUUUAAGCACAAUGUGUAUGGAUUAAGUCCUAAUAUUGGAUCUGCUCACCAUUUAUUGAUGUAUGCUAAAGAGCAUAAUGAUGUUAGUCUCAUGGUAGAUAUUAUGAGACUCGUGCAGAGUAAUGAUUUACCUCUACAGCCAGGAACUGCAGAUUUAGUUUUGAGGAUUUGCUACCAAAAUAAUAAGUGGGAGUUAAUGUGUAAAUAUGGAAAAAGAUUUACCAAGGGAGGAGUAAAGUUGCGUCAGGCUUCAUUUGACUUGUGGAUGGACUUUGCUGCAAAAAUGGGAGAUGUUGAUUCUCUUUGGAAAAUUGAGAAGAUAAGAUCAGAAUCCAUGAAACAUCACACAAUUUCCAGUGCAUUUUCAUGUGCUAAGGGUUUGUUGAUUGGUAACAAACCUGAAGAAGCUGCUGCAAUCAUUCAAGUAUUUUAUGAGAGUUUACCUGACUCGAAGAGGCCAAGUAUUGUGGCUGAACUUCAAAAGCUAGCAACUGAGUGGCCUUUGGAAGUUGUAAAGCGUCAAAAAGAGGAGAGCAGAAAGGAAUUGGCUAGCACUCUACAAAAUGGUGUUCCUGCCAUGAUCAAUGGACUAUCAAGCAUAGGUGCAAAUGUGAAAGUAAAUAUGGAUGAUCUGACCCGAGAAGGCGUGUUGUCUUGACCAAGGGAGGGGAACAUUUUGCGGUCAUUUGAUGUCUCAUAUUUUCUAUACUUGGUAUACUGGAGAAUGAGCAACUACUAGAAAGCAUGCCGAAGUUGACCUCUCUUUGCAAAAGAUGCAACGAUACAAACCUUUAUAGGCUUCUACCUGACUUAAGAACACUUAUUAUUAGUUUUUUCAUUUGAGGCUCUGUAUCAAUCUUUCUGAAAGUUUGGUGUUCUAAGGUUAUUAGUAGGAGUUUCAGUGGGCUUACUCAAUUCAAACCAUGUUUUUCUUCUCAAACUCCAAGUCUGAGAAUAAUAUAAUGUCCAUUGCGUGCAUUUUUCCUUCAUAAAAUGUAUGCAUAACUCAUUUUCAAAAAAAAUGUAUGCAUAACUCUAAGAAUAA